AUGAAGAAAGUUUUGAUUUUGAUGUUGUUAAUGAUGUUGGGUAUUGAUGUUACAAAAGGGGCAAAGAAGGUGUCUUGGAGGGUGCAUACACUGUUUUCUGUUGAAUGUCAGAAUUACUUUGAUUGGCAAACGGUUGGGUUGAUGAAUAGUUAUAGGAAAGCUAAACAACCUGGGCCUAUUACUCGUCUUUUGAGUUGUACUGAUGAGGAGAAGAAGAAUUAUAAAGGGAUGCAUUUGGCUCCUACUUUUGAGGUUCCUUCUAUGAGUAGACAUCCCAAAACUGGUGAUUGGUACCCUGCAAUAAACAAACCUGCUGGGGUAGUACACUGGCUUAAACAUAGUCAAGAUGCAAUAAAUGUUGAUUGGGUUCUCAUUCUAGACGCCGACAUGAUUAUCCGUGGCCCAAUUUUACCUUGGGAACUUGGCGCCGAGAAAGGAAAACCUGUUGCCGCAUAUUAUGGGUACUUAAAAGGUUGUGACAAUAUUUUGGCUAAACUGCACACCAAAAACCCGGAGCUGUGCGACAAAGUUGGCGGACUUUUGGCUUAUCAUAUAAGCGACCUGCGCAAAUUCGCUCCCUUGUGGCUUUCCAAAACGGAAGAAGUACGGGAAGAUAAGGAACACUGGGCAACAAACAUAACUGGAGACAUUUAUGGGAAAGGAUGGAUCAGUGAGAUGUAUGGAUACUCUUUUGGUGCUGCAGAAAUAGGACUUCGGCACAAGAUCAAUGAUAACUUGAUGCUCUACCCGGGUUAUGUUCCUCAAGAGGGAAUUGAACCGGUUCUUCUUCACUACGGGCUUCCAUUUAGUGUCGGGAAUUGGUCAUUUAAUAAACUGGCUCACCAUAAUGAUGGAAUCGUUUAUCAAUGUAACCGGCUCUUUCCUGAGCCUCCUUAUCCGAAAGAGUUAUUACAGUUGGAACUCGACGCCAACCGAAGGCGAGGACUAUUUAUAAGCAUAGAGUGCAUAAACACGAUAAACGAAGGUCUUGUAUUACUGCACGCAGCAAACGGUUGCCCUAAGCCAGCAUGGUCGAAAUACUUGAGCUUUUUAAAAAGCAAAUCUUUUGCCGAACUAACUAAGCCAAAAUAUGUUACUCCUGCUACUUUAAAAAUGAUGGAUGAAGAAAUCGUCAAAGCACCCGUUGAUAAUGAUGAUGGAAAGCCGCAUCCCAAAAUCCAUACACUUUUUUCCACGGAAUGCACGACGUACUUCGAUUGGCAAACUGUAGGAUUUAUGCACAGUUUUCGUUUGAGUGGACAGCCUGGAAAUGUAACCAGAUUACUUAGCUGCUCCGGCGAGGAUUUGAUGAAGUAUAAAGGCCAUGAUCUGGCUCCUACUCAUUAUGUCCCUUCUAUGAAUCAACAUCCAUUAACAGGAGAUUGGUAA